AUGCCUAAAGGAAAGAAAAAAGGAAAAUUCGAGCAUAGACGGACUGAGCUUCCAUACUCAUCAGACGAAGAUGCUGGAAUAGAUAUGACCAAUGACAAUUACUCGGAAACAUCUGGUCAGUCAGACCUUAGAAGUAAUCAUGACGAUGCUGAAAAUGAAAUUCAAGAGAAAUUAGAAGAGAAAGUUCUAGAAAUCAUUGAUGCUUUAAGUGCAAGAGCUAAUGCGGCGCGAGCGGCUGCCCUAGUAUCCCUUAAAAAUGUUUUGCAAAGGCGUUAUUUGGCCCACUUGUUAAGUACCCAGCGGGUCACUUUAGCAGAUCACAUAACAAAGGCUUUGAGGAGAGGAAGAGACGGGGAGAAAAAGGCAGCUGCAGCUGUUGCACCACUGUUGGCUUUACAGAUUGGUGAAGAGGGCACAGAGGAGUUCAUGGCGGAAGUGAGGCCUGCGCUGGCCGCCGCCGCCGUCGACAAGUCCGCCUCAUUAGAGACUCGCACUGAGUGCUGUUCAUCUCUUGCGGUGCUUUGUUACCUGUUGGAGGAAGAUCUCACAGAAAUAUUGGAGAUCAUGCGAAUGUAUGAGACAAUCUUCAGUGGCAGCUAUCUUAAGGGCGACGGCAGCGUGAAGGUGUCGGGGUCGGCGGUGGAGGAGGGCGGCUGGCACGCGGCGGCGCUGGACGCGUGGGCGCUGCUGCUGGCGCUGGCCGAGCCGAGGCACGCGCGCGCGCUGCUGCUCGAGCGCCAGCCCUCCUUCGCGCGCCUCGCCGACCUGCUGGACGCCUGCAGCCUUGAGGUGCGGCUGGCGGCGGGCGGCGCGCUGGCGACGGCGCACGAGCGCUGCUGCGCGGACGCGGACGACGAGGUGGAGUGGUCGGAGGCGGCCGCGCUGCCGCGCCUGCAGCGCCUGGCGCGCGACUCGCACAAGUACCGCGCCAAGCGCGACCGCAAGCUGCAGCGCGCCACCUUCCGGGACAUACUCAAGUAUUUUGAGGAGGGUACAGUAGAGACGGAGCGCGUGCGGCUGGGGGCGGAGAGCGUGGAGCUGGCGGGCUGGGGCGCGCGCGCGGCGUACGGCGCGCUGGCGGGCGCGCUGGGCGCGGGGCUGGCCGCGCUGGCGCCGCACUGCGCCGCGCUGCGCCACGCGCUGGCGCUGCCCGACGCCGCCGCCGCGCACGCCGUGCCCGCGCGCAAGCUCAACAAGCUGCAACGGCACCUGCAGAACUCGGCGGCGUGCAAGGCGCGCACCGUCGCGCGCAACAAGAGCCGCGACAAGCGCUCGGCCGCGCUCGCGCUG